AUGGCCACCAACAAAAUAACUCUUGUGGAGCAAUUAGAUGCAUCAAAGGAUUUCAUAAACAUGAAAGUGAAGAUAAUCCGCCGAUGGAUUAAUCAAAUUCAAAGGCUUGAGAUGGUGUUGGUUGAUGAAAAGGGUGCAAAGAUUCAAUGUUCUAUCAAGAAGGACUUGGUUCCUAUGUUUGAUAAAGUGAUCAAGGAAGAUGCUGCUGUGAUUAUCAAGCGAUUUGGUGUUGGAAAAAACGAUAACCCCUUCCCUGUCGUCCCACAUAAACUAAAGUGUAACUUUUACAAAACUACUGAAGUGCAACAUGGUGUGCCUUUUACAUACAGUGGCUAUGGUUUCUCAUUCUUGCCUUUCAAUGAGAUUACUUUGACUAAGGCUAGAGAUAAAGAUGUCCUCAACAUUGAUGUCAUUGGUUGUGUAAGUUGGUGUGGAAAUCUUGAGGUAUUCAAGUCAGCAACUCAAACAAGCAAGAGGUUUAACAUGGAGUUGAAAGAUUUGGAUGGUAGAACCCAGCGUUGCACUUUGUGGAAUGAUUAUGCAGUUCAGUUUAAUGCCAAUCUGGAGCAGAACAAAUCUGAAGAGCAUGUCAUUGCCAUCUUGCAACAUGCUCUCAUUAAUGAAUGGAAGGAAAACUUGACAGUUCAAACUGAUAAAUUUGGUACAAGAAUUUUUAUAAAUGAAGAUAUCCAAGAGGCUAAUGACUUUAGGAGGAGGUAUGACAAUGUUCCUGCAUAA